AUGGCAAGUACAGGAUCACCAUGUGGUGCAUGUAAAUUUCUAAGGAGAAAAUGUGCUGUGGAUUGUAUAUUUGCACCUUAUUUUAACUCAGAAGAAGGACCUUCUAAAUUUGCUGCAAUUCAUAAAGUGUUUGGAGCAAGUAAUGUGUCUAAAUUGUUGCAUAAUGUACCUAUAGAUGAUCGUUGUGAUGCUGUUGUUACUAUUUCUUAUGAAGCUCAAGCUAGGAUUAAAGAUCCUGUCUUUGGUUGUGUUGCCAACAUCUUUGCUUUACAACAACAGGUAGCUUAUUUACAAUCUCAAUUGAUGCAAGUGAAAGGGCAGCUAGCUCAAAGCUUAAUGAAUUCAAACAAUUGUUAUAAUCCUCAAUGGAUUAACAACAAUAAUAUGGCAUCAUCAAGUGGACAAAUGACAAGUUCAUCCUUUCCAGCUAAUUAUCCAAAUUAUAUUAAUCUCAAGUCCACCUCAUCACCACAAAGUAGCUCAAUGGAAUCUGUUGAUCAUUAUAGUGAUGGCCAUGGGAUAAUGAAUAUGCAAGAUAUACAAAGCCUAGAUCAAUUUUUGUAUCAACCUUAUAAUACUAGAAGCUAGGUAUUUUACACUUUUAUAAACAAGCUUGGGUAAACUUCAAGCAUUGGC